GGCUCUGGCACAGUGUUGCACGGCUUCACGGGAUUACUUAUUCACUGUGUUCCUGGAACAGCUCCAGGCUUUCUGUCUCUGCCUCCAGUGUACAAACUGAUCAAGUAUCCACAAGGCUCACAAUCCCCAGAGGCAAGAGAAGACAGUAGGAAGGUGACUCAUGUUGCAAAUCACACUGUGGCUGGAGGACCUGAAGGGCUCUGGAAAGACGGAACUGGUAUCCUGCCUUCUUCUACCUCCCUAACGCUUUAUCAGGGUAAUUAAGGCAGCAGACUCAGUCUGGAUGGAUUUCAUUGCCGGCGCCAUUGGAGGUGGUCUAAGCACAGCAGUGGGUUAUCCGCUGGACACAGUGAAGGUGAGGAUUCAAACUGAGAGGCAUUACAAUGGGAUUUGGCACUGCAUUCAGGAAACAUACAGGACAGAAAAAGUUUGGGGAUUUUACAAAGGUGUGACUGCCUCAGUCCUCACAGUAUCUGUGAUUUCUUCAGUUUCAUUUGGCACAUACAAAAACUUCCUCUGCACCAUCUGCAAGCUGCGAUAUGGGGCUGCAGAAGCAAAGCCAUCCAAGCUGGAUGUUGCUCUUGCCGGAGGUGCUGCUGGUGCUGUCCGGGUUGUGUUGACAAACCCUAGUGAAGUGGCUAAGGUUCGCAUGCAGACUCAGAGGAACCCACAUCCUUCCGCCACAUCUCCCCAGCCUGUUUCCAAGCCAAAGUACCGAGGAUCUCUGCACUGCCUGAAGAUGGUUGCCAAACAGGAAGGUUUUGGGGGUCUAUACAAGGGCUGCUCUGCAUUACUCUGCAGGGAUUGUUCCUCUUCUGCAAUAUAUUUCCUUACCUAUUCUGCUCUGUGUGACUGGCUCACACCAGCUGGGAAAAAUAAACCAGGUUUCCUUGUUGUGCUGCUUUCUGGUGGUUUUGCAGGAGUCCUGGCCUGGGGAUUAGCUACUCCCAUGGAUGUCCUCAAAUCACGGAUGCAAACAGAUGAAUCAGAGCAGCACAAGUACAGAGGCCUCAUCCAUUGUGCUAGGGAAAGUGUGAGAAAGGAGGGUGCAAAAGUGCUUUUCAAAGGUUUGGGUUUAAACUGCAUUCGUGCCUUUCCUGUGAACAUGGUGGUGUUUGUAACAUAUGAGGCUGUACUGAGAUUUACAGAUCAUUAUACAAACAAAAAAUAGCUUGUGCCACUCUG